AUGGCGAGACUUCCCAAGAUUACGAAUACCUACUUCAUGGCCAUCGUGGCCACGGUGGGAGGUAUGCUCUUCGGCUUCGAUAUCUCGUCUAUGUCCGCCAUCGUCAUCACCGACCAGUACAUCGACUACUUCAACAACCCCUCGGGCCUCAUCCAGGGCGCCAUCGGGUCUUCUCUCGCUGCUGGGUCUGUGAUUGGCAGUCUGAUGGCCGGCCCCAUCUCCGACAAGUACGGCCGUCGCGACAGUAUCAUGUUUGCGUGUUUCUGGUGGCUGGCCGGGACCGCGGUCCAGGUCGCGACCAACGGCUACGGCUCGCUGAUCGCCGGUCGCGUCCUGAACGGUGUCUGCGUCGGCAUCACGUCCUCCCAGGUUCCCGUCUACCUUGCAGAGAUCGCUAAACGAGAUAUUCGAGGUCGAAUCAUCAUUAUCCAGCAGCUCGCCAUCGAAUGGGGUAUCCUGAUCAUGUACUUUAUCGGUUAUGGAUGCUCCAAAAUCCCGGGUACCGCGUCUUUCCGUACCGCAUGGGGAACUCAGUUCAUCCCAUGCGUCCUGCUCAUGAUCGGCCUUCCCUUCCUCCCUCGGUCUCCGCGAUGGCUUGCCAAGGUUGGGCGUUCGGAGGAAGCAAUCCAGACCCUAGCGGAUAUCCAGGCGGGAGGGAACAGGGAUGACCCGCUCGUCAUCGCCGAGUGGGAGGAGAUUUCCACCGUCCUGGCCGCGGAGCGCGAGUCGAUCAAGGGAUGGAGGAAGUUCGUUGUUAACGGCAUGUGGAAGCGCACUUUGGCCGGGAUGAGCGUGCAGGCGUGGCAACAAAUGAGCGGUGCCAACGUCAUCGUAUACUACAUCGGAUACGUUUUUCUGAUGGCCGAUCUCGAAGGCGACAUCAACCUGAUUUCGUCUGGCGUCCAGUAUGCCCUAUUCAUCAUCUUCACCACGAUCAUGUUCUUCUUCAUCGACAACACGGGGCGCCGGACGCUGCUCGUGUAUGGCGCGAUCGGGAUGGCAGUCUGCCACUUCGUCGUCGGCGGCCUCCUCGGCACGUACAGCGUCGACGUGCCCGAAGGCGUGGGCAACAACGCCAACGUCGUCAUCAAGGUGACGGGCUCGCCGGCGCACGGCGUGAUCGCGUUUAGCUACCUGCUCAUCAUCGUGUACGCGCUGACGCUCGCGCCCGUGGCGUGGAUCUACGCGGCCGAGGUGUGGUCGCUCGGCACGCGCGCGACGGGUAUGUCUUUGGCGGCCGUGGCCAACUGGGUGUUCAACUUCGCGCUCGGCCUCUUCACGCCGCCCGCCUUCCUCAACAUCAAGUACAAGGUCUUCAUCAUCUUUGGCGUCCUCUGCAUCGGCGCCGCCAUCCAAGCUUGGCUGACGUACCCCGAGACCUGCGGCAAGACGAUCGAGGAGAUCGAGCCGCUCUUCGCCAAGGGAGCCCCCGCCGCCUGGAAGACGCGCAAGGGCGGCUCCCGCCUCGAGGCCGAGAUCGAGGCUGUGCUCAACCGCAAGGCCCGCGGCGAGGACGUCCACGCCGACGCCCACCACAGCGAAGAUCUCGAGAAGGCGCCCGCCACGAGCGAGGCGGCGUAG